AUGACAAAGGAGAUAGAGGCUUUAGAGCUCAACCACACUUGGAAUUUGGUUCCACUUCCUCCUGGCAAGAAACUAAUUGGUUCUAAUUGGGUUCAAAAGGUUAAACUUAAAGCUAAUAAUGGUGACUUAAAAAGGUGCAAAGCAAGUCCAGUGGUGAAGAUGGGCACUGUUAGAACUCUCAUAGCAGUAGCAGCUAGUAAGCAAUGUCCUUUGUUCCAACUUGAUGUGAACAAUGCCUUUUUGCAUGGAAAUUUAAAUGAAGAGGUCUUCAUGAAAGUUCAUGAAAUAUGGGUUGAUAUUUGCAUAGCAACAAUCUAUGUUGAUAACAUAGUACUCACUAGUACAAAUGUUGAAAAACUUGUUGCUCUUAAGCAACAUUUGCAUAAAGAGUUUAGCAUUAAAGAUCUUGGCCGGCUCAACUACUUCUUAGGCAUAGAAGUUGGUUAUACUUCUAAUGGGAUUCUUCUUAGUCAACAUAAAUACACUAAAGAAUUGCUUGCUGACUGUCCCUUUGAUCUCACAAAGAAAGCUUCCACACCACUCCCAUUAAACAUCAAACUUCAGGCUGUUGAUGGAGAAACUACUCAUCUAGCAGCUCUCUCUCACACUCUCAAAUAUGCAUCUCACACUCUUGGUCAAGGUACUCUACUUAGGGCAACUGAUCAACUUUGUCUUCAGGCCUUCUCAAAUUCAGACUGGGCCUCUUGUCCAGACUCUAGGAAAUCUAUCACAGGUUAUAUUCUCUUACUUGGAGGAUCUCCCAUCACUUGGAAAUCAAAGAAGCAAAGUACAAUUUCUAAAUCAUCAUCUGAAGCUGAGUAUAGGGCAAUGGCAGCAGCUGCCUUAGAAGUAACAUGGGCAGUUAGGUUGCUUGAAGAAUUGGGUAUAUGCAAUCUCAGACAUGUUGUCUUACAUUGUGACAACCAAUCUGCUCUCCAUACACUAUUACAAAUAUGUGCAAAAGUAUCACCUAUGAGAGACCUCCUUAAUGAAAUAAGUGAUUAUUCAGCAAAAGAAACCUAA